GUUGGGCCGCACUUCCGGGGUCAACCGGCCCGUGCCGCUCUGCGCCCCGCCUCGAUGGUUACGGUCCGCCCGGCGGGGGGAGCGCGGAGCUGGCGGCCCGGCCCGGCCCGGCCCGGCGGUCAUGUCUGAGAAAGACAGUGGUGAAAGUCUGAAAGAAGAAACCUCCCACGAAGAUGAAAACAAACAGAAAGCAGAGGAUCUGGGCUGCGCUGAGCGCAAUGAAGAGAGAGAGCAAGAGCUUGAACCUGUGCCUAUGACUCGGAAAAGACCUGAACCCAAAUCCCCAAGCCAGCCUGCUGCCACAGAAAAGCCUGCAGCUGAAACACUCAAGGUCUCUGAUCCUCCUACUGUUCAGACAGGAUGGGGGUACUGGGGCAGCUGGGGGAAAUCUCUUCUGUCAACUGCGUCUGCUACUGUAGCCACUGUAGGUCAAGGUAUUUCAAAUGUCAUCGAAAAAGCAGAAACAACCCUUGGGAUCCCCAGUCCUAGUGAAAUCUCUUCAGAGACUGGAGAUGCUAGAAGAGGAAGUGAGAAUGCUGGUGCUAGCAGCGCAGAUGGAGUUGAUGAUGGCAGUUCGUUUCCUAUCGCUGGUGCUCUGGGGGUCUUAUCAACCAUCUCUACUGCUGUCCAAAGCACAGGCAAAACUGUUAUUAGUGGAGGUCUGGAUGCCUUGGAAUUCAUUGGGAAAAAGACAAUGGAUGUAAUAGCUGAGGGAGACCCUGGAUUCAAAAAAACAAAGGGCCUAAUGAACAGAAACUCGACAUUAUCACAGGUCUUACGAGAGGCAAAGGAGAAAGAAGAGCAGCAGACAGCUACUGAGGUUACCAUGGCUACGGAGAAGAAAGCCCAUUAUGGGUUACUGUUUGAUGAGUUUCAGGGUCUUUCGCAUCUGGAGGCCUUAGAGAUGCUUUCCAGAGAGAGUGAAUCAAAGGUGAAAUCAGUUCUAAAUGCCCUCUCUGGAGAAGAGUUAGACACGCUGAAGGAUGAAAUGGAGCAACUCAAAGAGGCAUUUUCUUUACCUGAAUUCUUUGAAGAAGAGGAGGAAGAAAAGAAGGGAGAUGAGGAAUUCACAAAAGAAGUAACAGAGUUGUUUUCAGAAUUGCGUAUCUGCUCAAAGCCGGACAAACUGAUCACGGUGAGGACAUCUGCUCACGAAUGGAUAGCACGAUUCAACAGCAGUCUUCCUAAAGAAGAAAAAGAGAGUGAAGAAAACCAAGAAGUAGAAUCUGGAGAUGGUGACCGUGAUGCUAAAAAAUCAGUAGAGGAUAUUCAUGCGUUUGCCAUAAAAAGUCUGGCUGAACUGACGGCGUGUUCCAUUGAAAUGUUUCACAAAACUGCAGCUUUGUUUCUACACGGUGAGAAACAAGAGGUGACAGCCACGGAUAGAGCCAAGUCCCUUUCACAAAUGACAAUUGUGCUGUGUAAAGAACUAUCAACCUUCUCUAAAGAGUUUACUACGUGCUUAACGACUGCGGGGGUCAAAGAGAAAGCAGAUGUGCUUAAUCCCUUAAUCACUGGAGUGUUUUUGGAGGCUUCAAACAGCGCUUCAUAUAUCCAAGAUGCCUUCCAGCUCUUGCUGCCUGUUCUGCAGAUCUCUCUUAUUGAGGCUAGAACGGAACUAUCACAGCAAUAAAAACCUCUCUAAUUAAGAACUUUUUGACCUUCCCACUUCGUAGUUUCCAUGCUGGAGAAUGAUGUAAUGGCUCUUAUUAAAGGGAAAAAGAUUAACUCUGAUGGCUGCUGCUGCAGGAACAGUGAUUAAAUGCAGCCUGGCAAUGACAGCCCUUACAGCACGUUGUGAGAUGCGAUUAGCAUAGUCCAGGCUGGUGGACAACGUGACAGACCUAAAGUGCAGAUUGCUUCUCUGUUUUCAUGGACUGUCUGUAUCUUUUCACUGAAAUCCCUUUGCUGUAUGUGUUAACAAGCUCUUUGGAGAAGCUCUCUGGACUGUGAAGACAGUGCAGGAGAAAAGAGGAGCAGCUGGCUGGUUAAAGAGUUAGCUUAAAAUCAUGGUGUGAUUUUUAAGUCAGAGAGACAUAAUUAGGUUCCUGAUAGCUCUGUGUUGGUCUUGAAAUGAAUAUUGCAUAGGAGGUACAAGAAAAGGCAAAUAUUUAUGAUUAUGAACCUCGCAGUUCUUAGACUGGAAAGAACAGAGCAGAGAGGAUUCCUUAUCAAGCCCUUGUUGCUGAUGAGGAGAAGCCCCGGCUUCCUGAAGAUGUUUGUUAAUGACUCGGUGAUGUGGGAUGAGGACUCUCACUGGGGGGCUGUUUCUCAUUCUCUUGCAGAGUGCUUGCUUCAGCACGAGUUGGGAAAAUGCUGAUCUGGCCCUAAGAAUGUGGGUACUUUGCUUUAUAGCAAUAAAUGAGAACUGGCUAAAAGGGGUUGAUUCGUGUUUGGGCAAUUUAAUGAGAGAAUUUAGCAGGAGGACUCCCCUUUUUCAGUGCAGCUUGACAUGUCAGCCCCAGACUGUUCACAAACUCAGAUGCUGCUUUUCUCCCGUUUCUGUGUAAAAAUACUAUAAUGCAAUGCUCCUUCUUCUUGGAAGUUAUAUUAAAGUAGGGGGAGAGGAAGCAAUUUGGUUCUGUUAGCGGGAGUCCUAAUUUGUCUCAGAAGCUGCUCCACAUAUGGUAUCUGUUUCUUUGUGCUGUGAAAGUUCCCUGCUUUGUUCUUUUCUGUAAUUUUUUUUAUCUUUUGAGCCUGCCCAUUGGGAGGGAGCAGCCUCUGUUGGAAUCACAAGAGCAGAAAGGCACAGCUGAAAUGGGACUUCAAGAAGUCCAGAAUAGCUAACUAGAGGUGACCGGGUGUCACACCUGCCUCUGUACUCGCUCAUUGGUAACAAUGAUGCUCAAAUCCCCUUUGGAAAAUCCUCUGGGUUUUAACAGGUCUUGCACAUUUCUGCUGUACUGAAGGCUUAACAAUCUUCUGCUCUAUUUGUGCCAUAGAGAAAUGUUUUUAUUGUUAGAAUACCUUUUGGCUAAUGCUCCUCUGAUUUUAUAUAUAUAUAUGGAAAAAGCUCUGCCUCAGUCCUGGUUAGACUGAUCAGAUCUCUGAAGGGAGAGCCUUUUUUUUGCAUCGUAAAGAAAACGACUUGAAAGGAGCGUGUCUGGGGUAAAAAAAUCUGCACUACAAUAAACUCUAUAUUUUUUUUCUUCUUUA